AUGAAGUCAUUCGUUUUAAUUCUCCUUUUCACCUCUACGGUCACCAGCACCGCCAUCCUGCGUCCACGACAGAGCAACAAUGGCUGCUGCUUUGGGCUCACCUCCGUCGGCACAGUCAACGAGACCGUCGAGGAGAGCCACGGUGGUAAUCUGCUUCUGGGGGGCUCGUUCCAACAAGGUGGCUUCUGCCUGGUCAAGUCCACCAAGACCAUCCAAGACACCCUCAACCACAACUGCUUCAUGACAACACCCACCCGACAGUUCGAAUGCUUCGCAGGCAUUGUGGGCGCCACAGCGUUUGACGUCUUAGCAAACGCCGAUGGGAAAUCGUAUCUCCACUACGACAAUGGACCUGGCCUCUUCUAUGCCUGUCCCAUUGGCUCUGGCGCCGACCAGUACUACGAUAUAUUCUCGACAGCGAAGGCUGACAGCACUGGGUGUAUCCAAGUUGCCUUGGCCCUUCACAACCCGUCAGGUGCAUGUUCGGCCAGCAACACCACCUCAAGCUCGGGUACGUCUGUCUUAAGAGCGACGAGCUCAGCGCCACUCAGCACGCAGACAACCAUCGCUCAGUCAGACCCCAGCGUGACAUCUGCUUUCGUCGCCCCAGGAUAUAGCUAUGUCCCCGGGACCGGUGCAGUGACGACCAUCGUACCGAGUGGAAUUGUGAGACCCCAGUCCACCAGCAGUACAUCCGCGGCCCCAAAGUCCACCGCGGCAGCAUCUCGAGUCUGCUCUAUUGCAGCGUCUGCGCCGUCGAUUGCCCCAUUCAAGGUAGCCACACCGAACAACCGCGACCAAGACACCUCGACAGACGUCCUGAUCUCGACGAACAACAGCGCGCUCUUCCAAUACGUCAUCCCAGGCUCUUUCCUCCCGAUCAUGGCCGACGCCGCCAAGCCGCCCCUGUGCGCCCUCCAGUUCCGCAUGCCCGUCUGCACAGAGUUGCCCAAGGGCUACCCGUGCUACAGCUUCAGCGGGCUCGAGCAGGAGAUCCUCUCGAACUCGGGCAUGGCCUUCGCGUUGAGCGACGACGACGCCGCCGUCCCCGUCGUGGCCUCGUGGAACGCCACCGAGCUGCACCAGGUGUUCCCCGGCGAGAACUCGAUCCUGGGCACCUUCGAGUGCGGCAAGCCCGCGGGCUCGUACGGGGCCGCGCGCAAGAUGACAUGGCGUGCCAGCAGUGUUAGGAGCUUUAGUCUCGAAUUCCUUCAAGCUGGCGUUGGUGCCGACGCGCAGUUUCAGGACGGCAUUGGGGCUUGGAUUCUGCCUUGCUCAUGA